AUUACUGGCAGACGCUUGUUUGAGAACCAUGGCAACAGUUUACAAACAUGAUAACUGAGAUACGAUCGCGAUAAAAAUUACCAGUAUCAUUCCAAUGAAAAUCCAAUUUAUUAGACUUAAGUUGAUAUAAACUAUGGCAGCGAAAUGUUGCCGUCUUAAUUUGACAGGAUCGGUCAGACAUUUGAUGUCGAAACAACUUGUAUUUAGUGAAUUUGGAGAUCCUCUAAAUGUACUAAAAAUCCAGGAAUGCGACGUUCCACUUGUUGGAGCUCAGGAUGUGCUGGUUCGCAUGCUAGCUGCGCCUGUCAACCCAGCUGAUAUAAAUACUAUUCAAGGAAAAUAUCCAGUAAAAUUAAAGCUACCAUGUGUACCUGGCAAUGAAGGUGUUGGUAUUGUUGAAGAGAUUGGCAAAGAAGUAAACGAAAUAUGCCCAGGGAAUAAAGUUGUAGUCACAAAGCCUGCUCAGGGUACAUGGAGAAACUUGGCAACUUUUAAUAAAGCUAUACUGAAAGUGGUUCCAGAUGACUUGGGAUUACCAGAGGCUGCAACUCUUACUGUUAAUCCUUGUACUACUUUGAGAAUGCUUACUGACUUCCAACCAGUGCGGAAAUGUGGCUUAGUUGUCAUACAGAAUGGCGCAAAUAGUGCAUGUGGUCAAAAUGUCAUACAAAUCUGUAAGGCAUGGGGUGUUAAAAAUAUUAACGUUGUAAGGAGCAGACCGGAAAUAGACGAACUAAAGAAUUAUCUACAUUCCUUAGGAGCUACGUGUGUCCUUACAGAAAAUGAACUCAAAACAACUACAAUUUUCAAAGAAAAGCAAAUAGAAAAACCAUCUCUUGCUCUGAAUUGUGUUGGAGGCAAAAGUUCUUUGCAAUUAAUAAGACAUCUAAAUCAUUCUGGAUGUAUGGUCACAUAUGGAGGGAUGUCAAGAAAACCGGUCUCAAUACCAACAUCCGCAUUUAUUUUUAAGAAUUUAUCAUUUUUUGGAUUCUGGAUGACUGCAUGGAAUACAAAAGCUAGUAAAUCUGACAAAGACAAAAUGAUGUCAGAAGUAAUUACAUUGAUGUGUGAGAAAAAACUGAAAGCUCCUGUUCACAAGAUGGUGAAACUUGAUGAAUUUAAAGAAGCCAUCAGCAAUACUUUGACUUCGAAAGGAUUUCGGGGACGUAAAUAUAUUCUAGACUUUAGUUAGGUUUGAUUCUCCCUUUAUUGGGCUUAG